AAUCUUCAUGUGUUGACAGAUCUACAUUUAUCAAUAAUAGUGAACUCAAUAUUGAAUCAUUGAUUGAGAACUUGAAGAAUGCAAUAAUAAAGAAAUUAUCUGUGUCAUGUGUAACUGAGUCUUCUGCAUCUCUCUCUAUUCUCUCUAUUUCUUUCUCUGCUGCUCUCUCUCAAUCUUCUACAUCUGUCUCUGUGUCUGAUUCUCCUGCUUUUACUAUCUCUGUUUCUGCAACUCUUACUCUCACUACUUCUGGUUUUACUGUCUCUGCUUUCAUUAUUAGCUCUUCUCAUUUUAAGGAGAUAUUGUGUAGACUUAAUAAAUCAUGUUUCUCAAGAAUCACUCUCUCUCUCAACAGUGUUGAGAUUAUAA